UCUAUAGCUCCUUUGGGUUAUAUAAGGUCCACUUUGUUAGGUUUCUUGGAUCAACAGCGGUGUCCUCAAUCUCCAUAUAUUCUCUCCUUUCUCCCCCCCUCCCUCUCCUCCUACUCACAUCUCUUUCUUGGCACAAGACCAAUGCCAUCGACUGUUCUUUAUGGAGAAUAACAUUAGUAGCAACAAUGGUGGCUCUUGGGAACUUGAGGUGAGCAUGGGGAGUCAAUUCCCCUUUGAUCACACCCCUUUGGAAUUGUUUCAGACUGCUGACCCAUUCCAGCCCCACGUCAAUUCUCCGAGCUUUGCUAACACCCAUGCCAGCGUCCAAGGAGGGAGGGAAGGGGAGCAGGAAGAGGAAGAGGAAGCUCUGGGGGCCAUGAAGGAGAUGAUGUACAGGAUCGCCGCCAUGCAGCCGGUGGACAUCGACCCCUCCACCAUCAAGAAGCCCAUGCGGCGCAACGUGCGGAUCAGCGACGACCCGCAGAGCGUGGCGGCGCGUCACCGGCGCGAGCGGAUCAGCGAGAGGAUCCGCAUCCUCCAGCGGCUCGUCCCGGGGGGCACCAAGAUGGACACCGCCUCCAUGCUCGACGAGGCCAUUCGGUACGUCAAGUUCCUCAAGAGGCAGGUGCAUGAUCUGCAGUCCAACCCUCAGCCACCAGCAGCGCAGAUCGGGGUGGUCGACGGGACCGUCGUCGGAGCCGUGGAGUGGCCCGCGACGGCUGAGGCUCGUGCCUCUUCUUCGCCCUCCUCCUCAUCCUCCGCCAUGAGAGCUCCACUGGGACUAGGGUUCGGCUUCGGUGAGCAGGGUGCCCACCAGCCCAGGCACUAAGCUUCGAGAGGUCAGUACGAAGCCUGGAUGGAAACGAUUGAUAGCUGGUAAUUUAGCUCAUAAUUCCCUGCAAUGUUGUAGUCGAGGUGCAAUCCAAACAACGUAGCAUAUAAACAAGGUGGUAGCUUGGAAGGUGUACAUAGAACUUCUAUUUGAUCAUAGUUUGCUUCUGCGUGCUCUCCUUCUUUUACAUUCUGCUCUUCUUCAUGUGUGUUACAGUCUGGUCGAUGGUCUCAUGAUAACACUGGCCUUUGGCUCACGUCAGUGUAUGACUGCUUCGAUGUGCAAGCCAU